GAUUGUGCAGACAAGAACACAAUGAUUUGGUUAUGGUUGUUGUGGUGUAGUUUAAAAAGUGCUGGGACCUAGAGUUAUAACUUCGUAAGAGUAAAGUAUUGUAUUAGACUCAACAUAAGAAUGAAGUUACAAGAUACACGAUCAUUUGCUAUCUCUGUCCUAAAAUUAUCAUAGAUACAAAAUAGAAAUAAUAUGUUUCAUACAUUUAAAAGACAAGUCGAUAUCCAGUUCUUGAUCUUGGUAGGUUGACUCCGGCCGAUCUCUGGUUGCCUUUUUCCCACCGAAGUUGUCUUCACAACUAGCAGUUGUGGAUAAGAUCAUAACCAUCUUUUCAAGGUUGAAAAUUUGCGUCGGUGUUAAUCACGGAAAGAGGAAAAACUAACCAUUGUAUAAGCCACUAGGCUUUAAUUCGUUAGUCAACAUUCUGUUUCAGCUAAAAUUAUGAGCAACGAGACAGAACCGAUUAGUUACUGUCGGAAACCAGAAGAGAAACAAAAAAAAAAAAAAAUCCUUGUGUCAUCCCUUAUGUCGUCUUUGGCGACUAAAGAAAAAAAAUCAAUGGCAAAGAUAUAGUAAAUUUAUAUAACAAACUGUUAUCCAUUCUAUUAUUCUAAUCAUGUAACGAGACAAAAAAAAUAUUCAAUCAGCUCCAUGAAGAGACCAUUUCCCACUUUCCUUCUUUUGACAUUCAACAAACCGUUGACUUUUCCCACACGUUUCCUUUAUAUCCAACUAUUAGCCUUCGCAGCGAGAUCUUGCAGAAUCAAAACGAUGAUCUUCUUCUUCAUCAUCCUUCUCCAAUGUCUCUCCUUAGCAACCGCUCAACAGCCUUAUGUCGGAACAUCAACCACCGACUGCUCCGUCACCGAUAACUCAACCUCUGUCUUCGGCUACUCUUGCAACGGCCUCAACAGAACCUGCCUCACCUACGUCAUUUUCAGGUCAACUCCUCCUUUCUCCACCGUCACCUCCAUCUCUUCCCUCUUCUCCGUCGACCCCUCUCUCCUCUCUUCCCUCAACAACGCAGCAACAACCUUCUCCACCGAUCAACAAGUCAUCAUCCCUCUAACUUGCUCCUGCUCAGGCAACUACUCCCAGUCCAAUCUCACUUACACAAUCCGACAAGGCGACUCGUACUUCCGCGUAGCGAACGACACUCUCCAGGGUCUUUCGACGUGUCAAGCCUUGGAGAGACAGAACAAUGCUUCCUCUCAGUCUCUGUUUCCCGGUAUGAGGAUCCUUGUUCCUCUCCGUUGCGCGUGUCCCACGGCUAAACAAGUUAGUGAAGAUGGCGUCAACUAUCUCGCCAGCUACACCGUGGUGUUCGGAGACACGGUGGAUGUCAUCAGCCAGAGAUUCGGCGUCGAGACGAGUAAGACUUUAGAAGCUAAUCAAAUGUCUUUUGACGAUGCUGGAGUUUUCCCUUUCACCACUCUUCUUGUUCCAUUACAGAACCCUCCUUCAAAUCUCAACUCCAUGACUCCUCCUCCUCCACCUCCGUCUCCACCUCCUCCUCCGGUUUCACCAAAUGGUAAGAAACAGAAGAGAACAUGGGUUUAUGUUCUUGUCGGAAUCCUAGGGGGAGCUUUGGUUUUGAGUUUAAUUGGAGCAGCGAUGUUCUGUAUGCUUAAGAAGGUUUCAAGAAAGAAACAAGAACCAGACAAUCUCGAUAGCUUCACGGCCAAGAAAACAUCAAACUCCUAUCAAGAAUCUGACUUCGAUCCGCUAGAUGGCUUAUCAGGCAUGGUGGUUGACACCUUAAAGGUUUACAAGUUCCACGAGCUGCAAUCCGCGACGAGCGACUUCACAUCUUCCAGUUCUAUGGGAGGAUCAGGGUACAUCGGUAAAAUCAACGGCGACGGUGCAAUGAUCAAGAAGAUGGAAGGAAACGCAUCGCAAGAGAUCAACUUACUCUCGAAGCUAAACCAUUUCAACAUCAUCCGUCUCUCUGGUUUCUGUUUCCACGAAGGAGACUGGUACUUAGUCUAUGAACACGCUUCUAACGGAACCUUAAGUGAUUGGAUCUACGCGAAGUCGUCUCUCUUGAGCUUGACUCAGAGAUUGCAAAUCGCUUUGGAUAUAGCAACGGGGCUUAACUAUCUACACAACUUCGCAGACCCUCCUUACGUCCACAGGGAUUUAACGAGCGGGAACAUCUUUCUUGACUCCGAGUUUCGAGGAAAAAUUGGUAACUUAGGGUUAGCUAGGUCUACGGAGAGAGAUGGAGAUUACGUGUUGACCAAGCAUGUGGAAGGGACGAGAGGGUAUUUAGCUCCUGAGUAUUUGGAACAUGGGUUGGUGUCGACCAAGCUUGAUGUUUAUGCUUUUGGUGUUGUGGUCUUGGAGAUUGUUACUGGUAAGGAAGCUUCUGAGUUGAAGAAAGAGAUCGAUGGAGGUAAUGAUUUGGAGGAGUUUUUGGUUAGUGGAAGCUUCUUGCCUGAAGGGUUAGUGAGUUUUGUGGUGAGAUUGGUGAUGGAUUGUUUGAAGAGAGAUCAUUUGAAUCGUCCAUCAAUGGAUGAGAUUGUUUUGUCUUUGUCCAAGAUCUUGACGGCUUCGAAAAGCUGGGAAUCGUCUUACUAAAGGCCCAUUAUGUUUUAUUAGCCUUUUAGGCUGCAUGUUAACCAAAAUGAUUUUUCUUUUUGUUUGUUUUUAGAAGCUUAUGUUCUUGUGUUGGAUUUGGUCAGAAAAAUGUUGACUGGGUUUUAAGUAUGAAUUUGGUUGGCUACACUUUGGGUUAAUGAAUUUUGUAAAUAGCAGAAUUUUAAUAAUCUUAUAAAAGGCUGUAAAUUAAAAAAAAAUAUUACGAAAAAUGCUGAAUAAAAAUGUAAUAAAAGGAUAAAACAUUAUAUUGUUUACUAAAAAUUGUAAUGGUUUUAAGUGUUGGAUAAUUAGUUGAUUUUCAAUAGGUUAAAUCUUUAAAAUAAUUUGGCAAUGCUUGUAAGUAUUACCAUCAGUUGAUGAAAAAUAUACAACAUAGAUAUUUUUUGUUGUUAAAACAAUUCUUCUAUGUGAAUAUCACCGUGGGAGCUCGUCUUUGCGGAUAUAUUCAGUAGAUAGUCCAUCUUAUGUGUGGACUAGUAUUUCAGCUGCAUAAAAAUUACUGUUUUCGGGAAUCAGAUAAAAAAUUCGUUCGGAAUAUGAGGUCAAUGUGUGGGAGGAUCUUUAGAUCUCAACCUCACCAACUAGGCCGGCUAGAUCUUUAGCUCCAUUCUUGCACCCGCGAAUGCGAAUCAGUGAUCUGAUCAACGGGGAUUUGAAGAAAUGGGACUGUUGAAUUACUGGAUAAUUAUGUUGUUCAAAAAGAUAUACCUCUAAUAAAGAGUUUGGCCAUAAGUUCAUUUCAUCGUCGUGAUACAUUUGGCUGAAAUUACACGAGGAGUGGACAAUACACAGUUAAAUCUGACUAUUAAUGUGUUGCAAAAGGAAGAAGAGACGAAGUUCAUGGAGCCAAGUAUAACCAAGCUUCAAGUCUUUGCUUGAAAAUAAAAGCACCUCAGAAGAUGUCAUUUUAUAUGGCAGCUGAUAACACGACAUGUGGCAGUAACGAGGAAUCUGACACGCCGUAAUAUGAGAUGUGAUGAUUAUUGUCCAAGAUGUGGUAAACCAGAAGAAUCAGUUACUCAUGCCAUUUUUGAAUAUACGUCAGCUUUACAAAGAUGGUCUCUUUCAGCGACACCAUCUAGCCCCAACAUCUUUCCUCUACCGAGUAUUUAUGCCAACAUGGACUACCUUUCCUAGAGAAAGAAUAGCAUUGUUGAACCAAAAUUAGAUAGUGAUCCUUAUCCCUGAAUAAUAUCAUACAUCUGAAUAAUAUGUUACAUCUGAAAUGCUAGGAAUGAUAAAUUCUUUAGAGGGAUAGAUAUGGAUCUUUUGGAACUAGUCUGAUAUGCAGAGAGUGAAUGUCAAGCUUGGUCCAACGCAAACGAGAUGAUAACUCGACCUCCACCUCCACCAGAUGCAGUAUUGAAAAAUCCCAAAUCUUAAGCUUGGGCAACGUAUGUAUGAUUGAUGGGUCAUGGACGGAUUGCAAGGAUCAGAUUGCAAUGAUCUGGUUGCAAGGAUUUGAUUGCAAUGAUAAAAGAGCCUCAAGCUUAGUCGAGCUUUGCAACAAAAUUAGAGAUGAUAAAGAUUAUGAUGAUAUGUUUCUCGAAUUUCAAGAUCUCUCAUAUUCCAAGAGUGCAAAAUAAGAUUUUAUAUUCUUUAGCUAGGACGGCGAGGUCCUUUUAUAAAGAACUUUGCUUUAUUAGUUGUACUAUUCCGGGCUGGUUAUCCAGACCACUUCAAAUUUGAGUAAUAGAACAAUAGUUUGUUGUAAAAAAAGAACAAUUCUUUUAAAAUGGUAACAAUUUGGAGGUCACUGGAAAACGAAUCUCACGUUUAAAAAACAAAUUAGCUCCAAAUUUUGAAAAUCAUUUUUUGUUUGUUUCAUAUAUUGCUCACAAACGUCAAGGUGGCAAGUUUUUUGAAAUUUUAAAAUAUGAAUUGUUUUAAAAUUAAUAAUCAGUUUAUAUUAAUACAAAAUAUAUACUGAAAAUAAUUUGUAAAUUAUCCAUCAUUUUGAAUAUAUAUUUUUAAAUAUUAAGUAUCUGAAAAUAAUUUUUCCAACAAUAUGAAACAAAAAAAAUAUUUUGUAAAAUUAAAUUUAUAUAUUUUAAAAAUUGUAACAGUGGUCUAAAUUUUAAUCAUAAACUCUACAAACCUUUUAACCGCGAAUUAUUCUAUUUAGUAAAUUCAGAAAUGAUUUGCGUUUUUCAGUUUAGUUUUGAAAUAUAUUUCCUAAAGUUAUAUCCCUUGAUUGAAAUGCAUAAAAAUUAGGGGAAAGAAAAGAGAGAGAAUGGUCGAAAUGACUUGAAGUUCGAAACUAGGAUGAUACAGGAACAGGCUGUAUGAUUGGUUGUCAGAACACGUGGCGAUUUAAGACACGUUGAUAUGGACAUGGACCACAUAUCCCACGUGGAUAUGACCAUCCAGGCUUUGCCACAAGGACCCUAUUUAAAUUGAGUUUAUGUUUUGUGUUCCUAGGACCACUUUUAUUAGUGAUAGACAUGAGCCAGCAUCGAGUCAUCCACAUAAAAAAACAUUGCAUUAUACACACGGCGUUUAAUAUUAUUCUCGUUAAUAAUAAUUAUUGUAAUUUUCUCAAAAGUAUUAAAGUGAAGAGUAAUGGUAAAUUGGUAAUACAUAGCUUGCUAGCGGCACAAUAUUAAAGUGAAGAGUAAUGGUAAAACAUAGUAGCUUGCUAGCGGCAGAACCGGUUAUCAAGACGAGACAGUCGAAUGAAAACAUUCGCAUUUGUCCUAAAAAAUGUAGUGCUUAAUAUAUACUCCCUCCGUUCGCGAAAAUAAGUUUUUUUAGAGUUUUCACGUUUAUUAAGAAUACAAUAAAUGUUUGCAAUUUAAUUUAAAAUUUAUUUUUCAAUACACUUUAAAAUAAUUAUCCACCAAUAAAAUUUAAUCAAUUCAAAUAUUCACAAUUAAUGUUUCUAAAAAAAAUACAAAAGUACUUUAAAAAUAUAAAAAAUCUAUUUAUUUGGAACAAGAAUAAACUUUAGAAAAUUUUACUUUCGGGAACGGAAAGAGUAUGGAUUAUAUUUGUCAAAAAAAUGGAUUAUCCGGUCUCUCAAAGUUCUCAAAACAUAUAUGUAUAAAUCAUCUAGUAUUUAUAUAGUAACCGUUCCAAGCUUUAUAAAUUUCAGAAACGACUUUGACUAGCGAGAUAAUAUUUAGAAGACAAUAAUACACAUUUAUAUAUGUGAUAUUUCUGCCCCAAUGAGUUGAAUGAAAUAUGUUCUCAAUUUAUUUUCUAAAAUAACUUUUGACAUCUUUUGUCAUAUUUCACCUAAGCAAGAUAGAUCUUCACUCUAUAUCAUUCACAAUUUUUCUUUAAAAUAAAUAUUUAUGCAACUAGAAAAUUUUAGAUAAUUAUUUGGUAUAAUAUCUAUAUAUAUAUUCAAAAUUUACAACACACAUUUUAGUGUACGUGGUUAGCUAUUUUACACUGAUUUAUUUAAAAUACAUCAUAAAUAAAAUCUAAAAUCAACAAAACAAAACAAACAAAAAACAAAAA